UCUUCUUCUCCUUCACCCCACAUCUUACUUAUUUCAGCCAACGCCUUCCACUACACUAUGAAACGUAAGGAAAACGAGUUCUUUACGAUAAGUAUCUAUAAGAUUGACCGUAUUCUAGAAGAGAGACGCCUAAAGGAUGAUCCUAAAAAUGCCAAGCUCGUCCAGGACCGACUCCCGCCCGUCUACCAUCCGUACCAAGACGUGUUCAGCAAGACCGCCGCGGAU